AGUGCCACUUGGAAGAGACUUGAACGCGGCGUUUUAAAAGCUAAAUAUUCGUGAUAUCGCGGUGACAUAUGCCGAAAUGGCGUCUUGGAUAUGUUACAGCGUUCGUUUUGGAAUCAGUCAUCGGGGCAAGCCUGACCGUAUCACAGCGUCAAAUAACAAUUGGGAGCAGUAACCCAACAUCUCAGUUGACUGCACGUUGUAGCCCAAAUGCACCUGGGAUAACACAGGUGUUUACCAUAGAGAUCGGCAAGAAGUCCUCUACUGGCUCUGAUCAGCCUAUAAUACGAUUGACCAACACAGAUACGUCAGUACAAGUAGUGGACACAAGGCUACAACAACGGAUGACAGCCUCGGGUUUUAUCAGUGGAGCAACAGGCUAUAUACAGUUCAUCCUGACAGAUCUGAUAUGUGCUGAUGCUGCUUCUACAUACUACUGCACCACGUCAUACAUGGCGGGGUCAGCUAGAAAUGACGAGACAACAGUCAGCAUCACAGCCAGAACCUACCCAGAACAGAUAGAGAUGUUCCCAACUCCUGUCAGUCUCCGGUAUGAUGAAGGUCAGCUCUUGUCAAUGAGAUGUACAGGAAGGAUCGGGAACCAGUUUGAUGAGAACAACCUCCAGAACCUGUGGACAUGGCAAUGGCGAUCUGUAGACAACGAGUUCACCACCUGGACAUCGUACCUCAACGACCAAAACAUCACCUACGACAGUCCUUUGUCGUCAGAUGAAUGUCAGUAUACAGGGGCGUCAACACUGGUACAUACAGUCUCAGAUGAAGACAACGGGAGACAGUUCAGGUGUUCUGUCCUAAAUGAAGACUACAGCGCAAACAAGACAGUCUAUGUUGUUGGAAACUGAAGUUACAAGUGAAGAGGCUGCAGCACCGACAUCAGUGAUGUCCGCAAAAGGCGUGAAUUAAAAUUCAAAAUUCAACAAUUGAAAUUUGAAUAUCAAAAUGAAGAAUAAUGAUAAACUCUGAUUAUCAUUGACUGAAUACCAAAGUAAAUCCUGUAUUGAAUCCAGGAAAAGUUGUUUGAUUUCACAUGAUUAGUUAGACGUCCCAAUUGUCAGACACUGGACUAGGAAUUAAUUAGGGCAACAACCAUAUAUAAAUGGGAAUGUCCCAACUGGAUAUUUUAACAAGUUAGGUUCAACUAAAGAAAACCGUUAUUGUGUGUAAAUAUCUUGGAGUUGUUAUUGAUAGAAAAUGUUCUUUCAAAUUAUCUUAAUCAAAUCUCUGUCAAUAAGCUACUAAAGUCAUGUAUUGUUUUUUUUUACGCAGAAGUCGAAUGUUAGACUUAUCAAUACAAUGUCAACUAUAUCUCUUUGAUUCAAUGGUGAAACCAAUCUUGCUGUACGGUUGUGAAAUGUGGGGAUAUAUUAAUUAAAACACAUUGA